AUCCAACUAAACUCACAGCAUCCAAAGUUCCAACGACACUCGGAGACUUAGUGCAGUUAGGAAAUGAAUCCUUAAGCAAAACAGAUGAUGACUUAAUAUUCCGAUUAUCAUCAAGAUUAUGAAAAUAAAGAAAAAUACUCGUAUUUAAAAAAAUCCAACCGUCGUCUUCAUGGGUUCUUGUAACCUAAGAAGAGCGGAAAGAAUCUGAGGAAAGAUCGGAUAAACCCACCUUCAGGUGUUCAUAGUUGGUUUGCUUCUUGAAUUAUUCCCACAGAUUUCCGUUGGAAGAUUCUCGGGAUUAACUGAAACCAUCGGGGACCCUUUGAAUGAUUUAUUAAUUACACAGAAGAUUAGUGAACAUGAUGAUUCAUUAUUCUCUGUCCAAGUUGAGGACAAAGCAGGUUACCUUUCAUCAAGUAUUUGCUGCUUCAGAUUCUAAAACACUUGAAGAAUUGAAAGACUUGAGCUCCAAACGAAGAGCCAUUCAGGAGUCCAUGGAUGAGAGCAGCUCAAUUACAGAUGCUAUUGCACGGGAAAUGUCAGGGGGAUUAACUUCCCGGUUGGAACGGGACAUUCAGAAGUUGGAGCAUUACCUGCCAUUGUUAGAAAACUUGGUUUGGGAGGUCACUUUGAUCCUUUCGAAUCCACCAAUGCCUCGUUUGAUUUCGGAAUUGAAGUUAAGAUGGACCAGUAGUCUUACUUCAUCACCCAUCCUUCAUUCCAAAUGUUUCAAGUAUUACCAGAUUAAUGAUUUACGAUUUGAGUAUGGAAUGGUCCUGUUUCUUUAUAGUACAUUGCUUCGAGCAAAUGGUAUCGAAAAUCUUCCAAAAGACUUGGCACUAUCUGCCACACUUCUCAGGAAAGCUGCUGGAGUAUAUCAAUAUUUAGCUCAACAGAUUCUUCCUGCUUUAAACACAGCUAAGGCAACCGAACGGCCUCCGGAAUCCAUCUCAAGUGUAUCAUCUGUAAUGAGUCUUGUGUGCUUGGCUGAGGCUCAGGCUGCAACUGCUAGGAAAGCAGAAGAAAAAGGAAACUCUGUGAGUCUCUUGGCUAAGUUGCACUGCGGCGUUAGAGACUUGCUUGAUGAAGCUUCCGGCAUCUUGCAUUCAGCUAAGAAAGAGUGCAAAAACAUUUCAUCACAUUUGGCAGAUUUCAUUGGAACUGCACAAGUGUUGCAUAAUUUGAAAAGUCACAAGUACCUGGCAGAAAGCCUGCAGAAUGAAGGCAAGAUUGGGGUCGCGAUUGGAGUUCUUCAUCGAGCAAUUAAAGAUGUUGGGAAGAAUAGUCCUAAAGAUGAUUCGUGGCGCGCAGUUUACAAACACUUGAUCCAGGAGACUGUCGAGUUAAAGCGAAAGUAUGAGCACGAGAAUGAAUUCGUCUGGCAUCAGAGAAUCCCCAUUCCUGAUGACCUGCCCUCACCUGAAUCUGUAAAACUUGUGAGUGCUAUAUCUUACCAGUCCAAUAGAGUAGAACAAAGACUUCAUUUCAAAACAUAAACGUUGAUUUCCAGACUUUGUGGUAUGUUAUGGUGCGGGAGGAAGGCGUGUGACGAAUAAUAUUGUACACGAAGAGUGAGUUACCAUGGCCAACUGUAAUCAAUACACCCCCUUCCCCUUAUAGCAGUAUAACCUUCUCCAUUGAUCGUUCAAUGAGUUUUGAUUGUUUUCUUGUUCUGAUCAAAGUGUAAAUGAACUAUAAAUGAUGAUUCAGGAGACAUACAUGUGCAUUUUUUUCCUUGUU